GUCCACAACCCAACCAACGCCACAGCUCACAAUCCCCCCAUUCCCACGCGCUCCACUACGCUACGCCCAACCCCACCCACCUAGGGUUGCAAUGGCGGCGCCACCCCGCGCCCGCGGCCGCCGCCCCCUCGCCGCCAGGGCCACCGCCAUCCUCCACGCGGCGCUCCGGCGGGUGUCCUGCAGGGUCGCCGCCACGGCUGCGGCGGCGGCGCCUCCUCCGCAGGGCCGCCGCCUCACGGCGCUCCACGCCCUCCUCGGCGCGCUCUGGGUGGCCAGCGCCCUCUACAUCGCCAACGCCGCCGCGCGCUGCGCACGCCUGGGUGGCGCCUCCCUGCUGAGCGACGACCGGUGCCGCGUCUCCCUGGAGUACGCGCCCGCCAUCGUCCUCGCCUCCCUGCUCGCGCGGAGCGUCCUACGCCGCCGCGAGGCCAAGGAGGAGCUUGGCGGCGGCGGAGACGGUGGCGGCGAUGCCCUCUCCAAGAAGCUCUCGUCAUCCGUGGAGGCGCCGCACCGCCCGCAGCUUGACGAGGAGACUGAGUUGCAGAUGCUCUUAGUGUUCGUCUUUACACCCUCUCUCGGGCUCACCCUGUUCGGCUCGGUUCUGACGCUGUUGCCGCCUCCCGAUCCUGCCUUGGUGCCGCUCGGUUCCAUCAUGGCCAAUGUUGGGUUGCUGGGCGUCUCCAUUACGCUGUGCAUACUUGGCAUCCCGUACUCGAUGCUUAGGCUGAGGAAGGCGCUCAGCGUGAAGGCCGGAGGCAUCGGGAUGGUGUAAUGGACGAAUGCCACAAGUCCUGGAAUACAAGUUGUUUUUUAGUACACGAGCAUUUUGGGUUGUCUUCUGUGGGAAAUUUGAUGCGCGACCUCAAGCUGUCCGAGUAACAAGAUGUGAUGUGAAUUUUAUGCUGCCACCUGUUACAAUUUUACGUUCUGAAGUGCCUCACACACCACGACUGUUUUUACAAGUAAUUGGGGUUUUGAGGUCCCUGACGAACACCGGUUUUGAUGUUUUGGAACGCUAAUUCAGAGCUGUAUUUGUCCCUACCGAUGCCCAGCAUAUAACCUAUUCUGAGGCAACGUGUUUUGCUGCUAUAAAAGGUUUGUUAACUUCUGCUUGUCUUGGGUGAUUGCUAAUGUUCUGCUCCCUAA